CUCCCAACCUGAAGGGCCGGCCUCGGAAAAAGAAGCUGUCCGUCUCGCAACGCUGCGACUCCCAGAAUACACCAGCAGGCAAGGAGACGUGCAACACAGAGGGAAAGGCCCCUGACAAGGUGAAGCCUGAGUCCAAGGCAGUGCUGUCCAGGUGGCCUAAAGGAAUCAGUAGAGGCAGCAGCUGCUGUAAGAGGGUCUCCCCUAAAGGAAGAACAGGGGGAGGAGGUGAGGAGUGUCCUGAUGAACAGGCCUUCCUAGUAGCUCUGUAUAAAUACAUGAAGGAGAGGAGGACGCCCAUAGAGAGGAUCCCCUACCUGGGCUUCAAACAGAUAAACCUUUGGAACAUGUUUCAAGCAGCAGAGACCCUUGGAGGAUAUGAACUGAUCACAUCGCGCCGACAGUGGAAACAUGUUUAUGACGAGUUAGGAGGAAACCCAGGAAGCACCAGCGCUGCAACCUGCACCAGACGACACUAUGAAAGGCUUAUCCUGCCCUAUGAGAGGUUCACUAAAGGAGAGGAAGAUAAGCCCCUCCCCCUAUCCAAACCCCGUAAAGACCUCACCGCCCAGCAGGAGGUCCCCAAGACCAAGGUUCCCACGGUGACGCAGUGCCCCAAAGCGGAGCAGCACCCAGAAAACCCCCAACCCCCCAGGACUGAACAGGACCCCUGUGCUAAAGGCCUGGAACUCUCACCAGAGUGUGAGGAGAAGGAAAAUAGUCCGGAGGAGGAGGGAGUCAAGGUGAAGCAGGAGGUGCCCCUGCCGGCUGGUGAGGUGAGCAGGAGCACCAGUGAGGAGGAGGAGGAGCCAGUAGCGGUCUGCAUAAAGGAGAGGGUUCUACACCAAGGAGUUUCCUGGGAGAACAACGAGAAGCCACCUUCAGACACCACUACACUCCACUUCUUCCCCGUAGACACUCUCACUCCAAUAAACCACUCCCACCCUCAGGACCAAUGGCAAAAGGAGCUGCCUAACUAUGUCAACCCAUGUCCCCAGGCCAGGCUGGACCAGUCUGGGUUGACUGAGGAGCCCCAGGGCCCUAACCCUGGCAUGGUGGGCAUAGUGGGGGUGGUACUCCCCAUUCGGCAGAGGUCCCUACAGUCCCCCAGGGCUCCAGAGGACACCACAGACAGAGCACAGCUCCCUGGACAGGACCACUCCUGUUACAGAUACUCUACUAUACUCUACCCAGGCAGAGCCCAUCCUGGACCUGGCAUCAACCAUCCAGACACCAACCAUUCAGGCACCAACCCUGGCAUCAACCAUCCAGGCACCAACCCUGGCACCAACCAUCCAGGCACCAACCCUGGCAUCAACCAUCCAGGCACCAACCCUGGCACCAACCAUCCAGGCAUCAACCAUCCAGGCAUCAACCAUCCAGGCACCAACUCUGGCACCAACCAUCCAGGCACCAACCCUGGCACCAACCAUCCAGGCACCAACCCUGGCAUCAACCAUCCAGGCACCAACCCUGGCAUCAACCAUCCAGGCAUCAACCAUCCAGGCACCAACCCUGGCAUCAACCAUCCAGGCACCAACCCUGGCAGCAACCAUCCAGGCAUCAACCCUGGCAGCAACCAUCCAGGCAUCAACCAUCCAGGCACCAACCCUGGCAUCAACCAUCCAGGCACCAACCCUGGCAUCAACCAUACAGGCACCAACCAUCCAGGCACCAACUCUGGCACCAACCAUCCAGGCACCAACCAUCCAGGCACCAACCAUCCAGGCACCAACUCUGGCACCAACCAUCCAGGCACCAACCAUCCAGGCACCAACCAUCCAGGCACCAACUCUGGCACCAACCAUCCAGGCACCAACCAUCCAGGCACCAACCAUCCAGGCACCAACUCUGGCACCAACCAUCCAGGCAUCAACCAUCCAGGCACCAACCAUCCAGGCACCAACUCUGGCACCAACCAUACAGGCACCAACCAUCCAGGCACCAACUCUGGCACCAACCAUCCAGGCACCAACCAUCCAGGCAUCAACCAUCCAGGCACCAACUCUGGCACCAACCAUCCAGGCACCAACCCUGGCAUCAACCAUCCAGGCACCAACCCUGGCACCAACCAUCCAGGCAUCAACCAUCCAGGCAUCAACCAUCCAGGCACCAACUCUGGCACCAACCAUCCAGGCACCAACCCUGGCACCAACCAUCCAGGCACCAACCAUCCAGGCACCAACUCUGGCACCAACCAUCCAGGCACCAACUCUGGCUCCAACCAUCCAGGCACCAACCAUCCAGGCACCAACCAUCCUGGCACCAACCCUGGCACCAACUCUGACACCAACCACCCAGGCACCAUGUCUGAUCUAGCCAAGAAGAAGCUGCUCUCUCAGGUCAAUGGGAACGCCCCUGGGCCAUCUCUGCCCAAUCACUACGCCAUUGGCCCGCCCCCACCCCUCAUCAACACAAGCCUGGCUAUUGGCAACGCAGAGGAGUCGGCCAGUCAGCCAAUAGCAGGCUGUCAGGGUUCCUGCAGCACAGACACAGCUGUGGUCAAACGUCCGUCUGUCAUCCAGCAUGCCCAGAGCUUCAAGCCGCUGUUCUGCGAGACAGGGGACAGGAGGGAGAGGGAGGGCCUGAACAGGAACAUGUAUAAACCAGGGGAACCCUACUCUCCCUGUGACCUGACCCAGCACCAUCCCCUAUCCUAUCCACCCCCCCAGGCUAUACACCAUCCCCAAUCCCAUCCACCCCCCCAGACUAGACACCAUCCCCAGCCCCACCCUAACUCUCACUGUGACCUGACCCAGCCCCACCCUAACUCUCCCUAUGACCUGACCCAGCCCCACCCUAACUCUCCCUAUGACCUGACCCAGCCCCACCCUAACUCUCCCUAUGACCUGACCCAGCCCCACCCUAACUCUAUCUAUGACCUUUACCUACGGAGUCCUGAGACACCCCAACCUGGCCACAUUACCAGAUUCCUGCCUGACUUCUCCCCCUCCACCCCCUCCACCUCCACAGUUUGGACAACCAUACAGAGACACACGUCAGCCAGUUCAUCAGCAGCAGGGAGAGGGAGACAGCCUUACCCAGGGACUGUGAGGCCGCGCCUGGCCCGGAGGGCCGCGAUUCCACUCCUCUAA